AUGACUCAAGGUCAGUGUUUGCUUCGGCAUUAUGUGGGCUGCACGCUCUCCGGUCAGUGCUCGCCGGCGCCCAUCAGCCCCAAAGAGCGGCCGCUCAGCGCCACCUGGCGCGACGAGCUGUCCGGCUCGCUGGAGCUGGACACGCCCACCACGCCUCAGGAGGCAGCCGCCAUUCCCGGCGCGCCAGGUGAGCCCCCUCGGCCUCGGACGCUGAGCGGCCCUCCAUACAAACUGCUGGUGGUCGGCGACCGGGGCGUCGGCAAGUCGGCCAUUGUGGCGCGCUACGUCUGCGACGCGUUCUGCACGUGCCACGAGCCGACGGCGGGCGUGCGAAGCUCGACCAAAACGGCUGUGUCGCUGGAGGACGCGGAUGUCACCGUGCAAAUCACCGAGCUCAGCCCCGAGUGGUCGUUCCAGGGCAUGGCCGAGGUGUUCUACAAGGAGGCGCACGGCUGCGUGGUGGUGUUCGACCUGGGCGAGCGGCAGUCGCUGCGCAGCGCUCUGCAGUGGAAGCGGCGGAUCGACGAGCUGUGUUGUCUGCCCGGCGGCGGCGGCGUCCCGAGCCUGCUGCUGGCCAACAAGGUGACCAGCCGUCCGGUCGCGGCCCGACACAGACCGAACAGCGUAUCCGACCUCAUGCGUGUGGACUGA